GGUUCGCUCGCAUCGUUUUUCGAUUCUGUUCGUCUGCGGAGGUCGUGUGUGUGUGUGAGGAAGAAGAGAGGAGAAUAAACAAGAAGUAGAAGCCGCAGCAAGGAAGCCUCAAAAGGAAAAUCCAAUUCCCGGAAAUCUUAUCAAUGAGCAUUUCAUAGCGUUAGCCGCUAGAAUAAUUUUAAAAUAAAAUCAGCAAAAUGCCUACGAUCUAAUCGCGCUUUUUGCUUAAUCGUUUUAAAGUCUUUGAUAGUGCGUCCCGGGCCCUCUCUGGCCUGCGCGAGUGUGUGUUUUUGUGUGUCGCCGUCGCCGCCGCCACCACGCCUACACGCUCGAGAAUGGCUGCCACGGUCUACCAUCGCCUACAAAGCGUCGCCGUCGGCAGCCCCAGCACCAGCUCCAUUUCCUACUCCUCGUCCGCGUCGCCCGGCGCUUCCUCCUCAUCGUCGGCGCUGCUGAGCCACUCGCAGCUGACGCGAUCCCUGGAGCGUAUCCUUGAGGAGGCGCACUUCAGCGGGGAGCUGAUCCUCACCAAUCGCAAGCUGAAGGACUUUCCCAAGACGGGCACCAAGUACGCGCUCACGGAUACGGUAAUUGCAGAUCUAUCCCGAAAUAGAUUUUGUGAACUGCCGGAAGAGGUGACAACGUUCGCUUUUCUGGAGACGCUGCUGCUCUACCACAACACGAUCCGCAGCAUACCGGAGUCGGUGAAGCAGCUAUCCUCGCUGACCUAUCUGGAUCUGCGCAGCAAUCAGCUGUCGUCGCUGCCACGCGAGAUCUGCUUCCUGCCGCUGCAAGUGCUGCUCGUGUCCAACAAUCGCUUGGUCUCGCUGCCCGACGAACUGGGACGCCUGGAUCAGACCCUCACCGACCUGGAUGCCUCCUACAAUCAGCUGUCGGCCCUGCCGGCCCGUCUGGGGGAACUGCGAACACUGCGCUCGCUGUCGCUGAGGAGCAACCAGCUGAUGUAUCUGCCCCGAGAGCUGACGUGCCUCAGCCUGGUGUCGCUGGAUGUGAGCAACAAUCGGAUCGCCAGCCUGCCGCUGGAGAUACGCCACAUGAGCACUCUGGUGGAGCUGCAGCUGGAGAACAAUCCCCUGACCUCGCCCCCAGCCAGUCUCUGCAUGAGGGGCCUGGUGCAUGUGUUCAAGUUUCUGGAGACGCAGGCCACCAAAGACGAGAAGGGCUCCCGAUCGGGUGGGAAUUACGAUGGCUACACCACGCUGCGCCGUGCCCCGCGCCACAAUUCGAGCGGCAAUGUCCUGGAGGCCAGCACCAACAGCAGCAGCAAUCAGCGGCGGCAUCAGAUUGACUCCGGGUACAGCACCAGCGAUGGCCUGGACAAGCGCUGGUCGCACGACAAUCCGCCCAAGUCCAAGACAGACUCCCCCCUGCACUGCUCGAUGGCCGCCACCCUGCCGCGGGCCGUGGCACCCAGCGCCAUUCACAUGCAUGCCGAUCUGAUGGACGCCUCGCUCACGUCCAGCACCAGCACCAUUGUCGAUGAGAGCCUCACCCUCAGUCCCACGAACUCGCCCUGCAAGCUCAGCUACGCGCACUCGAACAGCUCCAGCAAUGGCUCGACGCCGGACCAGGACGAGGACCUCAUGAUGGACCAGGACCCCCAGGAGCGGUCACUCCAUGCCAGCAAUGGCAAGUCCAGCAAGAGCCUCAACAACAUUCAGACCUACAAGGAAUAUAAAGAGGCGCUGAAACAGCAGCGCAACCAGGAGAUCAGUGUCUACAAGCAGAAGCAUCCGAAUGCCAAUCACAGUCCCAAUGAUGACGAUGAGGAUCAAUCGCCACCAGCGCUCAAUCCACAUCCAACAGCUGGCCUGACCAACGGCGGCUCCAGCACACUGCCAAAGUCCAUAAUGAAACAAUCGAGUCUGAAUAGCAACCAAAAUGGUCACAACGGGAAUGGAAACGGGAAUGGGAAUGGAGUCGAUGACGUUAUUAUACCAAAGAAACCCAUACAGAAGGUGAUACCCUCGCGGAAUACGGAGAUAAAGUCUGCAUCGCCAUCGGGAAACUCCAAUGCCGCCGCCUCCGCUGAUUGUCUGGGCUACGUGAAGCCCCAGAGUCCCAUGAAGAAUGGCACAAACAAAUUCAAUACGUCCAAUGGUGGGGGAGGAGCCACAUCUACAUCGGGAUCCGCCAGCACCACGAGUGUCACCAUCAAAUCCCCAGUGAGCACCGUCACCAAGCUGGGCACGGUGAAGACCCAUCGCUCGGUUACAUGGAACCAUGACAUACCCGCCGAGAAGCUGAGCUUUACGAUGCGUCGGGAGUUUGAUCGCCAGCGUGAGGAAACCGAAUUGAUGUCGCAGUUAAGGAGUAUCAUUGAAACACGGCUAAAGAUGACGCUGCCCGUGGAUAUAGCCUCGGCCUUGACCGACGGCGUUAUUCUAUGCCAUUUGGCCAACUAUGUGCGUCCCCGUUCAGUGGCCAGCAUCCAUGUGCCGUCGCCUGGUGUGAAUAAGCUGACCAUGGCUAGAUGUCGCCGGAAUGUGGACAACUUCUUGGAGGCCUGCCGUCGCAUUGGCGUAGAUGAGGAGUUGAUUUGCUCCUGCGAAGAUGUUGUGCCACAAAUUGAACAACAAUUGCCACGCGCUGACGAUGACUAUGAUGCUGAUGUAUAUGUCAAUAAUGAUGAUGGCAUCAACGGCAGCAGCAACAACCACAACAACAGCUAUAACAACAAUCAUAAUAAUGAUGAUAAUGAUGAUGCUGGCGCUGGCCGAGUGCCAAACGCAUUGGCCCUACUGCACACAGUGUCCGCUCUGAUUGCCUUGGAUGCGAAUCCACAUCAUCAGCAGCACAUACAGCAAGAGCUGCACCAGAGACUGCAACAGUUGAAGCAUCAGUCGGUUGUUGUUGUGCAACAGCAAGAGCAACAGCAGCAGCAGCAACCAGAGCAAGAGCAAGAGCAAUUAACUGAGACAACCUGCAGCCAACAGCAAGAACAGAUGUUGCAGCAACAACAACAACAGCUAGACCAUGUUUUAUAUGAGAAUUGUGAGAUAAUCAAUGGCAAAGAAGCUAAUGCUAAUGAUGAUGUUGAUGAUGAUGUGGUGGGGAUCCAUCAAGUGGCCAGGCAGCAGCAACAGCAGCAGCAUCUGAUGGCAGUGGGGCAAAUGCUGCGCACGGCCAAACAGAAGACCUUCGAGAAGAUCAAGCACAAUCUGCUCAGUGCCCAUGGCCAGCACACCUUCCAGAGCAGCAGCAACAGCAGCAACAAUAACAAUCGCACAUUGCACACCAUCGUGGAGAGCGAACAUGAUGUGGCCACCGCUGGACCGGCUGGUCACUAUCACCUCAUCGACGAGAAGCAGAAGCAGCAGCAGUCCAAGUCGGAGGAGUCCAAGGAUCUGGCAGCAGUCCCCGUUCCAGUCUCCGCUGCCGCAGCCAAGGAAGCCAUCAGCAGGCGGAUAGAGUUCUUCGAACAGCAGAGGAAUGGCAAGCCCCAGGUGGAGGUCUUCAGCAUCUAUCGCAUCGGAGAGGACAAACUGCAGCAGGAGCAGCUACAGCUGCAGCAGAAGAAACUCAAGUCCAAGGACAACGAAGCAGGAACUUCGUUGCUCAAGCACGAUUCGCACACCCUGACAGUGGUCCUGUCGUGCGUCUUCAUAGCCACCUUCCUUUGGCUUGUCUUCUUCCCGCUGCCUGGCUAACAAUCACCCGUCUAAAAAGCUUAAUUUAUUUGCCUUGAUUUUGCCCGUAGAUUUAAGAUUUAAGACAGAGCGCGCUUUGCCGCUUAGCAACUUGGUAGUGAGUUCCUGAGGCUGCUUUCUGUUUACCCUUACAGCUUUUGUAUGUUUAAGUCGAUGCUUUUACAACAUUAUGAUGUAUUUCUACUAGAACUAAGUCUAUUUAAGGAAAACCCCCCCCCCAAAAACAGGAAACUUUUGAGGCAUUUAAUUGAGAGACAACCCAAAGACUUUGAUAUUGUAUUCUUUGAGUCGUGAGGGGCAUACACAAUUGAGGUAUCGACUGGACACUUUGAUCUGUUGAGGUCUAUUCACUAAUGGAGUAUACAAAAAUAACCGAAAUCUUAAGUUCCGUGAAACACGCUUUGAAUGAAGUUUUUGUUCCUUUGAAACAAUCUUUUUUGUACUUAAUUUUAUUUAGUUUUAGCAGAAGAUCCACACUAUGGGAUCGUUUAGAAGAACAGAAUGUAGAAUUACUUAAUACAUAAUACCUGAAGUUAUCC